UAUGAUAUAAAGUAACAUUCCUUUGGACAUUCUCCCUACAUGAAAGGUGCAAUAUAAAUGUAAAUUUAUGUUGUAUUCCUCCAGAAGCCAAGUACACUUUGCAGCGUGAGGAAAUAUUUGACAAGGAAGAUAUGCAGCCAAUUUGUGUUUUUAAAAACUUGGGUACAACUUUUCCCAGAUAAUGUGGCAAAGUUAAAUGUUUUUUUUGCUGUUCAAUCAACAGAUUAGAAGCUACCACAAUGUCUUCAACAUCAUACAAGCACAGGAAUUUUGUUUCUGAGCCUAUGGGGAACAAGCCUGUUUCUGCCCUGGCUGGUAUUGGUUCAACACUGGGGAGGAAACUGGAAGAGCAGGGAUUUGAUAAGGCAUAUGUAGUAUUAGGUCAAUUCCUUGUUCUGAGAAAGGAUGAGGAGUUAUUUAAAGACUGGCUGAAAGAUGCAUGUGGGGCUAACUCCAAGCAAGCUGGACAGUGCUUUACGUGUUUAAAAGACUGGUGUAAUUCCUUCCUGUAAUGUUGACACAUGUAAUCUGAUAUAUAUAUUCUGUCUGUGUGCUGUACCACUACUGAACUAAUUCAAUAUGUUAUAACUGACAAAAUGUUACAAAAAAUGUCAAUACAUUGGGCUUCACAUUUAAAUUAAUUGUGGCUUUCCUAUUCAAUCUGCUUUAAACUGUUGAUAUAAAAUUUGUGUGGUUGUUCUUCAUUAUACUGGCUAGGAGGAACUGGCUGGAGCGGAAAUGUAGUAAACCACCAGUUUACAAAAGUGACCUCAGUGAACAAAACAUAGGCCAGAAUCAUAUGCUAAAGCUACUCCUCCCAAUGGUUUUAGUAGGAGUAAUGUUGGUGCUUUUUAAGACAAGUCAUGGUAUUUGUUGGUAUGUAUGUGGGCAGGUGGGGGUGCGGGGAAGGAAGGCAGGAAAGAGAGAAAAAGGGGAAAGGAAGAAUGCACUAAUAACACAUCUUUUUGCGUAUUUGUACCCGGAAUAUGGGCUUUUAAAUUUUGAAUUUGUUCCUCUCUUAUGGAAAUAAAAUGAGUUUCUUGAUCUGGAAAAUACUAAAAUUAAUAAACCCUUAGUCAA